AGCUGCCAGUUUCUAUGGGUUUUCCUGGUCCAUUAUCGUCGCACGUUACCACACUAUUGCGAACCGUGACCUAGAAAUAUACUGGGCGUUGAAAAGUCUGUUGCCUUAUUUUACACCGAUCCUCUUACAUGGUCAAAAAAUGAUGCAAUUCGACGCUCUACAAGGGAAACCCUUGCGACGACGGUGCGGCCUGGCUUGGGACCUCAAGCGAUGCUAUGUCCGCCCAUGCAGUGGACAUGUCCAAGCGCUGAGCUACGCUAGGACCUCGCUGUCUGUGCCAAGGACUCAACGACAUGUGCAACUCAGCGUUUCCACUCAGGCGGGGACAGCGAGCGGCAAUGCUUCAACUGCCCAUCCAAUUGCGCAGCCCGCAGCUUCGGAGUCUCCUAAAGUAGCUCCAAACGCGCUUGCCUUAGCUAACAGCCUCUUCGCAGCUCUAAACCGCCGCGACGUCUCUGCCGUACUCUCCCUCCUCUCCGAUGACGUGUCGUACGAAAACCUCGGCUGCUCGUUCGGCGUCCUGCGUGGCAGGCCGGCGGUUGGCCGCUUCUAUCUAGAAGCCCUAGCUGCGUUGCCUGAAGAGGCAAUCUUUGUCCUAGAGGGGCCAGGAGCAGCAGGCAGCAGUGGUGCUACCGGUAUUGUGGAGGAGGGGCAGUGGCAGCAGCAGCAGCGGCAGUUGGAGGGGCCAGCAGCGGUGGAGGUGGUGGCUGCAGGCGGACCAAUCCUGCAGGCGGGCGUGGCCUGGCACGUGGAGCUCAACGGGGCUGUACUGCCGCUGUCCCGCGGUGUGGGUGUCUACUGGGCCGACCCACGGGACGGUCGCCUCACCCGCAUCCUGGACAACCCCGAGCACCCCGUGAAGGCGGUGUGGCCGUGGGCUGCAUGGACGGCAACGACGGCGGCGGCGGCGCUGGGUCUGGGGUCGGGUCCUGCUGCCGCUGCAGCGGCGGCGGCGGCCGCGACGGCGGCGACGGCGGCUGCGGAAGCGGCGUUGUCGUCGCCUCUGUUGCGAGGGUUGAGUCCGUUGGUGACGCCGGCGGUACAGGGUGUGAGCAGCUUCCUCAGCAAUCUCACCCCCGGCGCCGCCACCGCGGCCGGCGCCAGCGGGAAGGCAGCUGGCAACACCGGCGGAGGCAGCAGCAGCAGCGGCAGUGGCGCACGCAACAUGGUACCGGUACCCUCCGUAUCUAACUGGGCGCCACCUCAGACGCCACCCCCAACAUCACUUGGCAGCGCCGUAAACGGGGGUGUAUUUACCAGCCGGACAGGGACUAGCAGCAGCAGCAGCAGCGGCGGCGGUGGCGGAGGCGGAGGCGGAGGCGGUGCCAUGCUUGGCUUAAGAGGCAGCAACGUCGACGUCGACGGCGGUGGCGGCGGCGUAGCUGCAAACUCCCGCAGCGGCUCUCCAUCAUCGCGAGCCGCCGCCGCCUCACCCUCCGCCGGCGGUGUCGCCACGUCCUCCUCCUCCACCGCCCUCACCUCCCACUACCCCAACGCCCUCAGCAACGGA